AAUUAUUUAAAAGAUUUGAAAGAGUUACUGUGACUAUAGUUUCCAGAAAGCUUAUUUAUAAAAAUGCAUAUUUAAAAAUAGAGUUUAAUUAUAAAUUUGAUGAGGUUUCCCAACUAAAAUUCUUCAUAGCAAUCAUGAUGACCAAUACGAGCGAAAAUUAUCGUAAAACAGACGAUUUGGAGAGUUCUCAAAGUUCCAAUAUGGAGGGUGAUAUUCUGACAGAAGGCCAGUCUAGCGGUUAUACUAGUGUGGACAGAGAUUACACAACUGAAAUAUUCAAAAUUGAGAUCGGUAAUUUGCCAAAAUGUUACUCAGUUUGUCAUUUGAAGAAAUUCCUUAUAAAGUUGAAACUUCAACCAAAGAAAGUCAGAAUGGUGCCACAAAGAAAUUUUGCCUUUGUCACCUUCAAGUGUGAGGAAGAUCGUGAGCUAGCAUUGAAGACAUUACAAAAUUAUGAAUGGAGAAACAAAAUUUUAACUGCUAAGGUUGCAAAAGCAAAAGAGGAUCCUUUUGAAAAGAAGAAACUUCAAGAUCAUACUGAAACGAAAGAUUCAAAUGAGAAUCAAGACGGAAUGCAAACAGAUGCUGGUGAUAUGAAAGGGAUUAGAGAUGUUGUUACACCACUUUGGAAUAUGUGCUAUGAAGAGCAGCAAAAAAUGAAAUAUGAUGUUAUGUCCCAAGUUUUAAAGAAGAUAACUAAAGAAUUAAAUGCUGCAAAUGUGGGUCACUGGGUUAGACAAAACAGAUCUCAAUAUGAUGGCAUGUGUUGUCCGCUUGAAAAAUUGUUGCCUUCGCCGGUGUACGAAGAUUAUCGUAAUAAAUGCGAGUUCACAAUUGGUCCAGGAAUAGCAGAGAGUGGCAAAACGAUUGGAUUUCGGUUGGCAGCAUAUAAAGAGGGAAGUUCUGCUGUUGCUGAACCAACAGAAUGUUCUCAUAUCCCACAGGGUAUGAAAGACAUAGCGCAAGAACUUCAAAAUUAUAUCAGAGAAUCGCCAUUGGAUGUUUUUGAUCCAAGUAAAAACAAGGGGUUUUGGAAGCAGUUAACAGUUAGAGUGAACCUUAACGGAGAUAUCAUGUGUAUUAUUCAGAUAUCACCCGACCAUGAUAUGACCGAGAAUGAAAUCGAGUCUGAAAUUGAGAAAUUAACAAAAUAUUUUCGUGAUCAAAAUAUAAUCAAGUUGACUUCUAUGCAUGUCGAAAUUGCCUCUGCGAGAAAAACAGAUGGCACUAGUGGAAAUAUUUUGAAACAUGUUUUAGGAGAACAGUACAUAUAUGAGAAGUUAUGUGACCUGACUUUCCGUAUCUCUCCUCACGCGUUUUUCCAAGUGAACACAAAAUCUGCCGAGAUCCUUUACAAAGCCAUUCAAGACUGGAGCAACGUGUCAUCUGAUACAGUGAUUUUAGAUGUUUGUUGCGGUACAGGAACUAUUGGUUUAUCUAUGGCAAAGAAUGCAAAGCAAGUCAUUGGGAUCGAAUUAUGCCAAGAGGCAGUCGAAGAUGCAAAAUUUAACGCUCAGUUAAAUGGGAUCAGUAACGUGGAAUAUCAUUGUGGUAAAGCUGAAGACGUAAUUGUCAAGACAACGAUCGCUUUGGAUGAAGAAGAUUCUGAAGUGAUUGCAAUACUUGAUCCACCCCGAGCUGGCUGUCAUGGUAAAGUUCUUCAGGCGGUCCGUCGCUGUUCCAGAAUUCAGAAGCUAGUCUACGUGUCAUGUAGUCCAAGUUCUGUUAUAAAGGAUUUCAUAUCGUUGUGCCGUCCGAUGUCGAAGCGGACAAAAGGUGAUCCAUUUCAGAUUGUCAAAGCUUUACCAAUUGAUCUGUUUCCCCAGACGCGAUAUUGUGAACUCAUCGUGCUUUUAGAACGAACCAAGUAAAAAAAAGCUGCUAAAUUAAAAUGAAUGUUUGUAAAUAGUAAAAUUAUCGUUGUUGUGUAAAACGAAGAUUGUUUAUUUAUUGUGUAUAUUAAAUGAUAACAAUGCAAAAAAAGAA